AAGAUCUUUCUCUUCUAAACUGUAUGUUCAGGAACAACAACAAUACUUCAUUUAAAAGAAUUUUCUUUACAAUUCCUAAUUAGAACAAAUGGAAAGGAGCAGAAAGUCCAAUUAUGAGAAACGGUUCAUGGGAAUCGCAAUGUUAAAGCAGGAACAAACCUUCAGAGAACAGGUGAAUGAACUUCAUCGUUUAUAUCGAAUACAAAAGAGGCUCAUGGAAAAUGUUAAAGUAAACCAACAAAAACUUGAACUAUAUCAUAAUCUACCAGAGAGCUGUUUAAAAUCCUUUAGCAAUGAAAAAUCAAAUUAUGACAAAAAUAUAGUCAUGGGAUUGAAUAUAAUGAGGCAUGAUCAUCAAGUAGUAUUAGUGAGCACCAAUCCAAGAUUGUUGUAUGAUACUGAAGAACACAUUGCAGAAUCAAAAGGUAAUAAUGAUUCAAUGAAGAUGAUAGACGAUGAGGGUGAGAUUGAGUUAACUUUAACAUUAGGUCCAUCUUUUAUCAACCCUAGAAGAAGAAAAACAGGUAAGUCAGAGUCGGGUCAAAGCAUAUCAUCGUCUUCAACCGGAUCAAGCCAGACACGAAAAACAAGUCCUAAGGAGAACAAUGGUAGAAUCUCUACAACAAAAUGGGAUGGUUUUACUCAUCAAGAUUCGAGGAUCGAACCGGGUUAUGUUAAUGAGCAAAAAAAUAGUAAUCCUCCAUGGAUGUAUCAAGCUUUGAGCUUGAAGCUAGCAUAACUUAAUAAUCCACUAGUCAGUAGAUUGUUAGUUUUGUGAAGCAUUUUCUUUUUUUAUUCUUUAAUUUCGUAUCCUCCUUAUUUGUGAAUAAAAUAUAAGCAACACUUCUAUUA